UCCUGGGGCUUUCAACAGUCAAAAUGUCCAAAGGGCCUCUCUUUCUCUGGCUGGUGAUUGAGCUCGGGCUGCUUUAUCUGACAGCUGCCACCUCAGAGAUCAUUGUGCAGGCAUUUUUGGGUCAGUCGGUGACACUGCCCUGUUUAUACACAUCCUGGUCUCCGGACAGCAACAGCAUGUGCUGGGGCAAAGGCCAGUGUCCCAACUCCAAAUGCAACGAGCCGCUCCUCCACACCGAUGGAAGAAAGGUGACCUCGAGGAAGUCAUCAAGAUACAGACUUCGGGGGAAUAUAGAGAAAGGUGAUGUUUCCUUGACCAUCUCAGACACCCACGAGGCUGACAGCACCGUGUACUGUUGCCGCAUUGAGGUGCCCGGGUGGUUCAAUGAUGUGAAGAGGAAGAUUCACCUGCAGCUGAUGGAAGCCCCACUGACUACACAACAAAUGACAACUCCUCACCCAGCCACCACCACUGGCAUGACAACGACCACAGCUGCACUCAUCACAGCAGUGGCGACCACACAGCUUACAAUCAGAACUUCACUUCAGACAAGAGCCACUGCUGCCCUGACAACAACGGCCACCACGUGUCCUCAGAUAGCACCAAGCUCCUUUCCAGAGGCAGCCACAGUUCUUCUGGCCACUCAACCUUCCAUAGAAGGGCCCAUCCCCACCACAGAAUCAGUAACUUCCCUUCUCCCCAGUGACUCUGAGACAAGUGCUGAGGAGACUUCUAGAGACAUGGUCUUGCCUUCAUCCAAAGAGUCCAAAGUUUGGGUUCUCCAGUCAAAAUCCCCAGCAUCGAUGGGGAAGAUGAGUGGAUCAGUGACAUUUCCUCAGCCAGGGGUAUCUGAGACGGCAAUUCUUGCACAAAAUGAAGUUGCAUUAGAACAGGUGACGACGUCCAACUACUCGGACCUGCUGAUGAUCAUCGCUCCCUCCGUGGGAUUCGUCCUGUUGAUGCUGCUCGUGGGGUUUGUGCUGCGAGGGAAAGUCACGAAAACCAAUUGUUUGCAGAAACACACAAGGUUAGACGACUUUGCAGAAAGAAAAAAUGUCCUCAAUGGCAUUCAACAUGGAAUGGAAGAAGAUGGUCUUUUCACACUCUAACAUACUACUUUUUCUUAGGAUCGAGGGUGGGGAGGGGUGAUGUAUGAAGUAUCAAAAUAAGUUUCAGGAUGCAUUUUUUAAAAAGCCACACCUAUCCCAAUGAUGUCAUUGAUCCAGUCUUACUUUAAUUUCACAAAUGAAAGGUAUUUGAGAGAC